GAGUCACUUCCUAAAUAGAAUGAUUGACAGAUGGUUCGUCCAAUCAGAAGCUGAAUGUGGCGGACGUUGGCCGCUAGCGGAGCGGAGUAGUUCAUCCAUGGAUUAAACUGUAACGUUUAUUUUCUGACCCACCGUUCAAACGGGAUGAAGUCCAUCCAAAAUCUUUUCUUUUGUACAUGUUCCUUGACACUACGCACAACGAAGGACAGUGAUGUCACUGCCAGCAGCUAAAUUCCUGGACAAGAUUAACCUCCAGACAGAACUAAAGGUGUGACAACAACAGACGGUGUAUAGCGGUGUACAAGGUCGCUUGUCUUUGUGUGCGCGGGUGUGUGUUUAUGAGUGAGUGGUAUAGCAGCUGGAGGUUGUAACGUGAUACCAAGAUGCUGCUGUCCCUGGGAAUGCUGAUGCUGUCGGCCACGCAGAUUUACACCAUCUUCACUGUUCAGCUCUUCGCCUUUCUCAACCUGCUCCCUGUGGAGGCCGACAUUGCAGCUUACUCAUUUGACAACAAAACGGAGAACUUUGAGGACCUGCCUGCACGGUUUGGCUAUCGACUACCCAGCGAUGGACUAAAGGGCUUCUUGAUUGGGGCACGACCAGAAAAUGGGUGCGAGCCCAUCGAGCCCCCUCCAAGGGACAACUUGACCGGCGCCUUCAUCGUCCUCAUCAAGCGCUUCGACUGCAACUUUGACAUCAAGGUCCUCAAUGCCCAGAAAGCCGGGUACAAGGCAGCCAUUGUUCACAAUGUGGACUCCGAUGACUUAAUCAGCAUGGGAUCCAAUGAUCUGGAUGUUAUGAAGCAGAUAGAUAUUCCCUCUAUGUUUGUGAGCGAGGUGACUGCCACCUCUCUGAAAGAAGACUUUACGUAUGACAAGGGGGGACAUGUGGUCCUCAUGCCAGACUUCAGCCUGCCACUGGAAUAUUACCUGAUCCCCUUUCUCAUCAUUGUGGGAAUCUGCCUCAUCCUCAUCGUUGUUUUUAUGAUCACCAAGUUUGUCCAGGAUCGACACCGGGCUCGGAGGAGCCGCCUGCGCAAAGAUCAGCUAAAGAAACUUCCCAUCCACAAGUACAAAAAAGGGGACAACUAUGAUGUGUGCGCCAUCUGCCUGGACGAAUAUGAAGAAGGUGAUAAACUCCGAGUCCUGCCAUGUUCUCAUGCCUACCACAGUAAGUGCGUGGACCCCUGGCUGACCAAGACUAAGAAGACGUGUCCUGUGUGCAAGCAGAAAGUGGUCCCCUCGCAUGGCGACUCUGACUCCGAUUCAGAGGAGGGGGAGAGCGGCCCUGAAGAGAACGAGGAGGUGUCGGAGAGUACCCCUCUGCUGCGCUCGCUGGCCUCCACCAGCGCCCACUCCUUCGGCACCAUGUCAGGAGCGUCGCGCUCAGAGCAGGACCCGGAGUCCUCGGACUACGAGGACGACGAGCUGGACAGCAGCGACAGCGAGGAAGAGGUCACCGUAGAGACUGUGGUGGUGCAGAUGCAGCAGCCCUGCUCUGAAGGCCACGAGCACGACCUGCCCCGAGCUUGACUGAUUGGCUGGCCAAGCCCCCCCCCCUCACAGCUGCAGAGACUUUUUUUGUUGGGGGUCACAAAACAAAUUUUCUCUCACUGCUUACAAGACAUUGUAAUGUCUACAAGUUCAAAAACAAAUCUUAAGUUUAAUUUUUAACAUGAUUAUUACAGAGAACGUGAUAUUUCCAACUGUGUGACAGGAAGUCAGUAAGCAUAUCUGAGGGGCCGCUUGGCAGAUUUGACAGGACCGGUUACACUGAUGUACAGUAGAGUUUUAUACUGUACUCAUAAAAAAAGAUGAAAAGUGGAAAAGUCACAUAAAAUCACCCUUGUUCUGUAAAACUACUGUGUAUAAAAGUAUAGAUCACAAUAAGUUACGUUUUUAUCUUUAUCUUCUAUCCUACAUGUUUCAGAUGAUGGGAAAGUUUCAUUAUUGUACAUACAUGUUCAAGUUACACUGACACUCCUUCAGCCGCUUUGCAGCAUCCUUUUUGUAAAAAAUUGACUUAACAUUCAGCAAGUAUAGAAACAUUUAAAGCCACAGCAAUGUGGUUUUGCCAAUUUUUUUUCGAGCCUUCUAGGUGCUCCCGUUUGGUGCCAGUUUAUUUGUUACGAUUCACACUAAAAGAAAUUGAAGCCAAAGCAGUUUGAGAAACCCAUUCGAAGCAAAGAUGCAGCGUUGCAUUGUGCGUGUGUGCAUACAGCUUGGAGGAACUCUAUUGGACACUAUGUCCGCCGCCCUGCCUGUGGUGUUCUUCUUGUGGCUGCUCCAGACCUAUCACUCCAUUUAACACAAGCAGUUUAUUGGUCGAUAGGCCUUGUAAUACACAUUUAACUGACCUUAUCUCAUUAAAUAAACAGUUUGUAGUAAAUGCGCUUUUUUUUCCCAUAACAUGGCAUGUUUGUUUUUUUGUUCAUGAAACCUGUUGCCUUUUUCAGUUGAUGCUUUUUGUCUUGUUAGUGUUUUCCUGCUCAUGUACGUCUGUUCUCAAUAUAAAUUCACUUCAAUAAAAGUAAAAUGACACUUUA